AUGGCUCAGAAGCUUGCUUCUACUGCUCGCACUGGACGGGACAAUCAAAGGUAUGGCGCUCAUGGCGAGCGACUCGUUGCUGGUGUAGUCCCUCUCUCUAGCGACAAGAAAAAGGUUCUGCUCAUUCAGUCUGCACGUCGAGGUGGCUGGGUACUCCCCAAGGGUGGUUGGGAGACCGAUGAAGGGACCGCGGAAGAAGCAGCUUGUCGCGAGGCUUGGGAAGAAGCUGGGAUUGAGUGUAAGAUACAGCGCGACCUCGGCAAAAUUCCCGACAAACGUUCGCCAGAACAGCUUACGGCCCAUGCACCAAAGGCGAUCUUCCAGUUUUACGAGGUCAGCGUUGAGAAAGAGGCAACGCAAUGGCCGGAGAAGCACAAGAGAGGAAGGCAGUGGAUGUCGUAUCAAGAGGCCAAGGAUGCAUUGGCUCCAAGGCCUGAGCUGCUGGAUGCCUUGAACAAGAGCUCGAUCGUGCGGUAG